UGAGGAGGAAGUGAAAGCAGACGUCGGUGUUUAUCGUCUGUAGAUAUGACAUUUUUGUAUAUUAUAGCCUUAUAGUUGGUAUUGAGUCACUUGUGGAGUCGCAUUCUGCCUGGCUGCGGCUGCACGGAUGGUUGACGGGGUUCCUUGUGUACUUUAAUACAAACUGGCCCGACUUGAGUUGAAGGAGAAGUAAGUCGUCGUGAUGGCAGCAGCUGUUUCUUUUUUCUCCGCUGUGCUGCUGCUCGCUUCGUCUUCUGUGUUCGCGGCUCCGCAGCCGCCGCACAUCGUGUUGAUCCUGGCUGAUGACUUUGGCUAUUAUGAUGUGGGCUACCACGGAUCAGAGAUCAGCACACCGAACCUGGACAAGCUGUCCGCCAGCGGAGUCCGUCUGGAGAACUACUACGUGCAGCCGGUGUGUACCCCGUCCAGGAACCAGCUCAUGACCGGACGGUACCAGAUCCACACAGGCUUGCAGCACAUGAUCAUCUGGCCCUGUCAGCCGUACUGUGUCCCUCUGGAUGAGAAGCUGCUGCCCCAGCUGAUAAAGGAGGCGGGCUAUAUCACACACAUGGUGGGCAAGUGGCACCUGGGCAUGUACAAGAAAGACUGCCUGCCCACACGCCGGGGAUUUGACACUUACUUUGGCUACUUAACAGGCAGUGAAGAUUACUACAGCCACAUCCGCUGCUAUCCCAUUGUUUCUAUGAACCUGACCCGCUGUGUGUUGGACCUCAGGGAGGGAGAAGAGGCAGCUACAAAGUAUAAAGGAGACUAUUCCACUGAGCUGUUCAGUCAGAGGGCCAUCAGCAUAAUUACUAAACACAACUCAGACAAGCCACUCUUCCUCUAUGUGGCACUGCAAGCGGUCCAUGCACCUCUGCAGGUGCCAGAGCGCUACACUGCCCCCUACAGUUUCGUCAAAGACCAACAACGCAGGCAGUAUGAUGGGAUGGUGUCAGCCAUGGAUGAGGCUGUUGGAAACAUCACCAUGGCUUUGCAUCAGAGCGGCCUCUGGGAAAACACGGUCCUCGUGUUCUCAACAGAUAAUGGCGGCCAGACACUAUCUGGUGGCAGCAACUGGCCGCUGCGAGGGAGGAAGGGGUCCCUGUGGGAAGGAGGGGUCCGGGGUGUGGGAUUUGUCACCAGCCCCUUGCUGAAAAAACCCGGAACUGUUAGCCAUGAGCUCAUCCACAUCUCUGAUUGGCUUCCUACGCUGGUUGGCCUGGCAGGGGGCAGCACCAACGGCACAAAGCCGCUGGAUGGAUUCAAUGUGUGGAACACAAUCAGCAAAGGCUUUGCCUCACCCAGACUGGAGUUGCUGCACAAUAUUGACCCUCUGUAUGUGGACCUCGCUCCAUGUCAUGGUUGGAACCGUAACUUAACUUUGGCUGAAGAGGUCAGUACAGACUGCUGGGCCAAGUCUGGUUUCAAUGUGUCCAUUCAUGCAGCCAUUCGUUCCUCAAACUGGAAGCUGCUGACUGGAUACCCAGGUUGUGCUAUUUGGUUCCCCCGGCCUGGUUGCAACAGCUCUGAGUCACAGUCCUCCUCCGAGGAUCCACUGAAGUCCGUAAUGCUGUUUGACAUAGAAAAAGAUCCAGAGGAGAAGAAUGAAGUGUCUGCUCAGUUCCCCAAAGUGGUGGAUUAUCUCCUCGGUAGGCUUACCCAACUCCAGAGUACGGCAGUGCCAGUAAACUAUCCUCCUGAUGACCCCAAGUGUGACCCUGGCCCCACUGGAGCCUGGGGGCCCUGGGCUUAGGUGACAAUGAUGUACUUGUGAUUGUUCAAGCAAACUUUUAUUUCUUUUUUUCUUAUAUAAUGAUUACUCAGUUACAACAUUCGAAACUUACUGUUUACAGUCAGAGAUCUGUUCUGUGCAUCUUCUUGCAAUCAUGUUCUUCUUAAAGUAUUUAACACCCCCUCCUCUUUAAAAAAAAAAAAAAAAAACACAAAACAUUUGACCAUCACAUUUCACCAGAGGCGGCAUCCUCUGGUGAAGAAAAUUGAAAUAAUUGCAGACAUGUCAAAUAUUGCAGCUCUGUGAAUGGCUGCUUGAGGCUUGUUCCAAAAGAUAGUCAAUCCCCGUAGAAGACCACAUUAAAAUGCAACCUUUACAACAUAAACUUGUUUACAGCCUUAUACAAAAAAACUGUUUUGGUUUGUCGAGGUAGUUUUUCCAUUCAGGACAACUUUACUGGGGUGAUUUUUUUUUUUUUUUAAUAUUUAACUCAUCAGUUUAUUUUAAGCCAUGAAUUUAUGAAUAAUUGGUGCAUGGUUACUUGUAGUGACAAUGUGCCAGGUCAAGACAGCCAAAAAAGCAGUGACUGCUAGCUGCUGUGGACUUGACUGUUUCUCUUUUCUGGCUAUUUUA